AUGCUGUUUGAUCUGGCAAUGGAUGAACAAGGAGUAUUCAGUACGUCAUUACAGAAAGAAUCUCGAAAAAACAAACUGAAAAAACAGGCACAGCUAGAGAUCGAUAAAGCACUGCAGGAUGAUCCUUCAGUUUAUGAAUAUGACAAAAUCUAUGAUGACAUCCAAUCAGAAAAAAUCAAAACUGAUCUUUUGUUAAAAACCAAAGCAGACAAAAAGCCCAAGUAUAUUGAGGGUCUAUUGAAAGCAGCUGCGAGUAGGAAAAAGGAACAGGAGAAACGUACGGAGAGGAAGAUACAGCAGGAACGUGAGGCGGAGGGUGAAGAGUUUAAAGACAAGGAGGAGUUUGUUACAUCAGCCUACAAGAAGAAGUUACUGGAACUACAGGAAGAAGAAGAGAGAGAGAAGAAAGAAGCCGAGAUGGAAGCUUUGUUGGACGUCACCAAACAGAAGGAUCUGAGUGGCUUCUACAGGUUCCUGUAUCAACAGACAAGUGGCACAGACCCACAACAAGCUGACAAUGCUGACGACGAUGGCGGAGGAGGAGGUGAUGGGAGUAAGAAGACAACAACGGUGAAACAGGAACCAGAGGAUGUCGAAGAAGGAUUUUAA